CAGAGAAACGUGACGGGGGAAGAUAUCCUGUAAAUAAAGAGCAGGCUGUGGUGACAGAUGCCCUCUGACACACUGCAGGUGUUUCCUGCACUAGGAGAGAGAGAGAUACAACCUCAUCUCACUCACUCACUCUCACAUUUCAACAUUCAAGGAAACAUUUAGAAGAAUCCACUCAUCAGUUACCAAGAUCCCCUUGCAGACCCUUUGCACAUUGUGUGGAGUGAUGGCUCCCUCCCACCACCACACACAAACACAAAAUACAGCUACUGAUUGUGUGUCCGAGAAUGCCAUGCACUUCUAAGUAUUGAUCCUCGGGCGUAGAUGCUUGGUAGGAGGACGAGAAGCAGAAUUCCCCAGAAGAAACGACACUGACGCACCUGUCUCGGGCCGACCCUCCCACCUCCUCUCUGUGUCACUCCUGAGGCAUAGAUCUCCGUCCUGUCCCACUCGGGACAUCCAAGCCGCAGGAAGAAUGGGCAACAUGGCAACAGAGAUCGUAGCCUUUAUCCUGACCAUCUCUGGUUGGAUCCUGGUGUCUUCCAUCCUACCGUUAGACUACUGGAAGGUGUCCUCUGUGGACGGGACGGUCAUCACUACGGCUACCUUCUGGUCUAACCUAUGGAAAACAUGUGUGACUGAUUCAACCGGGGUGUCCAACUGCAAGGACUUUCCUUCAAUGCUGGCUCUGGAUGCCUACAUCCAGGUGUGUCGGGGUCUCAUGAUCGCAGCUGUAUGUCUGGGUUUCUUUGGUGCCAUCUUCGCCUUGAUAGGAAUGAAGUGCACAAAAAUAGGAGGCUCGGAGUCCACCAAGGCUCGUCUGACGGUCCUCUCGGGUUUCCACUUCAUUCUCAGCGGCCUCUGCUGCAUGACAGCAUGCUCCAUAUAUGCUCACAGGAUCACCACAGACUUCUUUGACCCCCUCUUUGUUGCUCAGAAGUUUGAACUGGGAGCAGCGCUCUUUAUUGGCUGGGCUGGAUCUGUGCUGUGUAUCCUCGGAGGACUUGUCUUCUGUCUCUCCCUGUCUGAAGGUUCCAGAGCUGAAUACUCCUACACUGGAGCUGCAUCAUUUUCACCGGCACGCCACAAACACAGCAAGACAGUCAACAGCCUCCACAAGGAACCAGGGGAGCCAUCGAGGCAGUUUGGAAGAAAUGCUUAUGUGUGACAACGACCGUAUUGCUACCUGGGUAUUAUCAGAAGAGUCUGUGCUCACCAGAAUUCACCAGUGAAAGCAAAGGACUAACAUUCAUUCACUUCUGUUCCUGGGAAGAGUAAUUCAUGUAUCAGUUUACGUAUUCUGUUGUUGAAUGCCUCCAGAUUCAUCAAGUUAUGGCUACAUUUUGGGACAUUUCUAUCAAUGACUUUAUAUCAAAUAUAAGCCAGGGCAGGAAAUUUGGUUUGGCACUGUUCAAACUCUCCGGUCACCUUCAACGAGCUGCUCAUUCGUGCCUGUCUUACAUAGACAAAUAAAAUCUCUCUAAUCUUUUAGUUUAAAGGACAAAUGGACAUAGAUUUUUAGCAGCAUUUCAUAGAAUAUGUUCCUCCUGUAACCGGAGGAUAUCAAACGCAUAACAAGAACAAAGACAUUUUUUGCAUGAGCUUACAUUAUAUGAAUAAAGUUUUUGUAUUUCUAAACUACCUAAAAAACAAAUGGAUUAUUUAUUCAAACCUGGGUAGAAAGGAUGUUCUUUCAUGUAUUCCUCUCCUGCUGAUUUGAGGCAAUCGAGAACACCUUCAGAUAAUAGCUCCAUCACAUUUCUUGUUUUCUUGGAUCGAUUGAUCUGACCUCCAAGGGUCAGGAGGUCACAUUCGACCCCUUAAAUGGCCAUGCAGAGCAGGAGGCCAGACCGGAGGUUUCCCCUCAUAUCAGCCAUCCAUCUCCACCUAGGAAUUAUUAUCAAUAGGAACCCCAGGCUAUGUUACGCAAAACCUUCUGGCCCAGAGGUUAGAACCAGCUGGCAGGGAGCAGCGCCCCGGUGCUUUCUGGUGCCUUACAUCCGUAAAACAGUGUCAGGUGUCCCGGGCUCGGCACAAUGCUCUCUGAUAUAAUGGUGGUAUUGUAUUGUGUAGUGUCUGAGUUACAUAAAGGGAUGCUUAGAGUGCAGGUUUGAUGCAUCAAAAACAUAACUCCUUACAAAAGUUUUGUCCAAGUUACUUUUUGACAUUAAACCCUUGUGAUGAAGCCCUUGCAAAUAACAGGUAUCAGAAAAUUCAAUGUUACCAAUUUACUGGAGAUUUCAUACACUUGUUUUUCCUUUUAUAAAAUGAACACCGCAGAAGCUCUAUAACAUUAAGAGUAAUUAUGAAACAAUAUCAAAAUCAUACUCUUUGAUUCACUAAAAACAAACCAGAAUUGUCCAUUUUUUUAAAGCAAAUACAAAUCCUAAAAAAACCUAAGAGCAUAUUUUAAAAAACGAUUUCUUGUCUCUGUCUUUGUAUUCGGAGGUUAUGAAGUAACUCCAAUGAUUUCAUAAGAAAUAAAACAUGUGUGAGUGCUGGUCUAAUA